UGUUCACACCGUGCACACGCCGUGCAGGGGGAUAUAUAGACGAACAGCUGAUUCUGCUGUUUAAGCAUCUUAAAUAUAAUUCUUUCAAAUGACAACUACUGGAAAAGCUGUGCCAUCAUGCGAUGUCGACGACAGGAGAAUUAAACAGGAAUGACCAAAGAAUGAUAUAACAUCGAAAAGAUGUUUGAGAAGUCCCGAGACACGGAACACAUAAGCAUUACACUUGCUGUCUGACCAUCAUGGCAUUACCAGUGUCAAGCAUCAAGGCAACCAAGGGGUCCAUAGUUUCAGCCUUGACAUACAGCUCAAAAUGUUUUGUACCUGUGCAAAGCCAGAAGGGAUACCAUUGCUUUUCCAGAUACUGUACCAAACCCAUGAAGUACGUGAACCAAUUUCUUCAGAGUUCAACAAAUAGUACCAUCAGUAAAAUUUCCAGUCGAACUAAAGUGUCUGGAAAUGUCCACUUGGGAAGUGAUAUCCAACAGACAUCUUUGAGAAGCAAGAAACUGGAAACUCACACAAGUCUCCUGUCGGAUCCCCGGGUACUUUGGGCAUCACUGUCCACAUGUUGGAGUCACCUGGACAAGUACAGUGGGACAGAUGAUCUGGAAAACAUGCCUGAUCUGAAGCGCUUCCUCAGUGAGGUUGGGACUGACCCCAGAGAAGCCCGCUACUGGCUGAAACAAUUCACCACUUCAGAACCAAAGAAACCUUUUGCAAUUGUCCAGGUCGACCCGGAAAUCUUUAUGGAUAAAAAACAGCUAGAUCACCUGACAUCAUGUCUGUCUUUCCUUCAACGGAACAGCAUGCGACCUGCUGUUGUCUGUGGCAGCCAUAUUGCAUCUGGCCAUCGGUUCCCUCUGGAGGAGCUCCAGAGACUGAAGACACAGGCUGUGAUGUAUAGCACUGUGCUGGCCAGUAUGCUGGAGGCCAACAGAGUGCACUGUCGCCCACUGUUCAUGGGGAGUCACAUCAUCCAAGCUGAGAGAGCUAAUGGUGCCAACUAUUGUGGGACUCUGUGUAACAUCAACACAGAGAUCAUUGAGUGGUGUCUGCAGACAAAACACAUUCCAAUAAUUCUGUCAUUUGGAGAGACUUCUACUGGCCAAAUUGUGGCGCUGGACUUGUGGAGUGUAACGGAGGGGUUGGCUAAGGCUCUCCAGCCACUGAAGGUCAUCAAGGUCAACGCUUGUGGAGGCUUUGUUGAUGAAGUUGGAUCUAUAGUGGCAAAUAUCCAUCUACCAGUGGACCUGGAAACGUCUGGUGACAAGCCCUGGUGUACGCCUGUCAUCAGAUCGAGUAUAGAGCGGAUAUACAAAUUGUUGUACAACAUGCCGAGGGAGAGCUCAGUCGUCAUCACCGCUGUAGACAAGAUGUUGAAAGAGCUCUUCACUCACAGAGGUUCAGGAACUUUCUUCAAGAUCACAGAACCUAUCCACAGCUAUUCCACCUUGGAGGGUAUUGACAUCAACAGACUGACACAACUCUUCACUAUAUCGUUUAGGAAACCAUUAAUAGUAGACUACUUCAAGUCUAUUGAGGGACAACUUCAUGCUGUGUACUUGUCAGAAAGCUACAAUGCAGCAGCCGUGGUCCUGAAAGAUGAUAUGGACGUACCCUAUCUCUGCAAGUUUGUUGUGUCCGUCAAAGCCCAGGGAGAGGGCACUGGUGAGAUGCUGUGGGAGACACUGAAGCGAGAUCACCAACAGCUCUACUGGCGGUCCAGGGGAGACAACCCAAUCAAUUCCUGGUACUUCAGGAGAAGUGAGGGAAGUUGGAGCAACAGAGAUUGGACAGUGUUUUGGUACGGCAUCCAUCAGCCUAGCCUGUCGUCCAAACUGAUAGAUUCAGCAAUCUCUAAGCCACAGUCCUUUGAGCCUUCUAUUGAAGUGAAAAACGAAACAAAACUGUCACAAACAAAUGUUUCAACAGUACUUUGAAAAUUUGGACUUCAACAUGUGGCAGACAAAGAGGAACAUUACACACUUCUAUGACGGGAUAUUAAUAUCUUAUGAGAAAGUAGGACAAGAUACAGACAUGUUGACAUCAGUUGUCUUCUGGUCAUCCCAAGAAAAAUGUUCUACACUGACUUGACCUGGAAACUUCCUUGUGCUGUGAAUAGUAGUUAAACACAGUUAAUUUAAAGGGAGAUAACUUGGUGUACCUUGGAGAUAGUUUUCAAUAGUCUGGAUUGUUUGAGUGUUUAUGUUUUAUGCAAUGGUGUCACAUUGUCUCAGAUUGUCACAUUGGAGCACCUUUAGAAUAUAGCACCAUGUGGGGAGGAUCUCUGACAUGUCACAAAGAAACUUGUUGGACCUUCGGAUUGUCAGCUGGACAGCUAACCUGCUGAGCUACGGCCACUGUUAAACUAAGUGCAAAUUUACCUAGCCAUCCCAAAGAACCCUUUGGAAAUUUGUACUGAAUUCUAAUUGAUAGUUUUACAGAGUGACAUAGGGCCUCAUUUGAGUCAGUGUGAUGAAUCCCAGUGAAUCCCUGUCCUGACAAUCGCUGUUCAGAACCUGCACUGAGAUGUUGAGGACUUGGGUCAUUGGGUAACCCGUUUGUGCCCGGCCUGUCCGGUUUGAGGAUCAAAUGCUUUUUCUGUUGAAGUGUUCAUUAUGUAAUGUGGAACAUUCAGCUUGAAGUUUUGUAUUAAAAGCUUCAAGACCAAUGUGUAAUAAUCUUCUAUAUGUAUGAAUUUUGUUAUUAUAUGCAUAAACCCCAGGAAUUAUGACAGAGUUUAUGCAGAAUGCAGAAUUUGAAUAUUCUUAAAUAUUUUGUGAACCACUGGUCAUUGUUUUAAUCCAACGUUUAAUUAUAAUUCUUGAUUUGUCUGCACCGUUUUAUGUUCCUGGGUUUGACCAAAGGGGUCACUAUGUCAGUAAUGAUAACAUGCAUAACUCAUGUUUUUUCCAUCCCUGUCAACAAAUUUUAUGAUAUGUGAGCUACAGAGCCUUGUAUUAAUUUAGUUCAUGUGUUUGCAUAAUUUGGCAUUGUUUUCUGUCCUUAGACCUGUCUGUGAUAUUGAUUUUUCACUUUGUAUUUGUGAAGUGUGUGAUUGACAGUACUUAUCUGCAUGCUGUAGUGCUUAAUGUGCCAUUCAAGUUUGAAAUUGUCACCUUGACAAGUUUCUAGAUUAUGAUUUUAUCAAUUUCUUUCCCAAACCAUGUGAGUCAUCAAAUUGCUUGAUUUUCAGGAGAUUUGAUAGGAACAUAUAGAUUAUUAUGGGUUACUUACAAGUCUGAAUUAAGUUGAAAUGUCUCUGGCCUCAGAUGAAUCACAAGUGCUAAAAUACCUAAAAAUCUGUGGCAUACACCUUAGGUAAUCACUUUGUCAACAUUCCUGUUGCAUUUAACUGAUAUUUCAAAUGUGUUAUUUUGAUACACUUUCAUCAGCCUCUCGGCUGUGCAAUUAAUUACUGUACCACUAUUCAGAAUAAAGUAGUUUGACUAUG